UCAUCCAAUACAUAACGAGAAACACUUAGGUAAGCUUUUUAGCUAAUUUAUUAUAUAUUGGAUUAACGAGACUUUAGAUCAAAACAUUGACCUUAAUCAUAAGGAGCCACAAAAGGAGCAUGAAAAGAUAGAAAAAUUAGGUAAAUAUUUAUUAAUAUCUCAAGACCAAAAUAAAACAUUAAAAGACCAAAAGCAAACGCCAAAAGAUAUUUAUGGAAAUAUUAGCAAGGAUAAAGAAGAAAUCAAGGCUAUUGAUCAAUCAAAGAGAAAAAGAAUGAUAUAAAGAGAACAAGAUCAAAGAGUCAUUCAAAGCCAAGAUUUAUUCUUGAUGGAAUCAAGCAGUCGCAGUAUGGGAUCCCUGAUUUCAACUUAAAAUCUGGCAUAUCAACUUCAAAAUUUAAGAGAUCUCAGCAAAACAGAACCUUAAGGAAAAACGAUCUGCAAAGCUUACCGAAACUAAAAUACACUGGAUUUGUGAAUGAAGAUAUUAAGAUAGAAAAGGCUCGAAGAAGGAACAAAACUAUAAUAAUGGAGAACUUUGGACAAGUACUAAAGCUAAAAUAGCAACAAAAGUGCUCUGUUAGAGUACAUCAAAAAGAAACCGGAAUUUAAGGCAGGAAUUACAAGACUUUCUAGGAACAAGAUCCUUGCUAAUCCCUACUUAGUCCCUUCUUUAGAGAAUUUGACUAUGGUGCAUAAGAAGCCACAGCCGAUCUUAUUUCCAAAUCUUAGGUCAAAAUUGAGUAAAAACUCAGGUAACCUUUGAAAUUAUCUAUCAGGGAGUAAGACAAGAUUUAUAAAUGCUAAUAAAAAAUCAAAUUUUAUGUUGAAGUUCAAAGCUAAUGAAUCUAUUACUACUGACACAAAUGUUCCAGCUAAGAAGCCGCAAGGUAAUUAUUUUAGAAGGAGAAGGAAGACAACCAAUCCUGUGCUCUAAGUUCAAGUGUUUUAUUUAAUCAGUUAUCAAUAAAUA